UGUUUAAUGAUCCUCAAACACAAUUGAACAGCCAAGAUGGAGUUUAUUUUGCAUGUUUUGGUGACUUUGACUGUCAUCAGUGGUGGAAUUUCUUCAUUUCUAGAUGAAAAUAAACUUGAAGAACUAAAUUGGUAUAUGACUAAAAAGAUAUCGGAUAUUAUCAUUGAGGAAGUCGGCAUUAUAUCAGAAAAUAUGACUGCAGAUCAACGGGAAUGUGAAAAUAAAAUUUCUCUGGUGUCAGACACUUGUUUUGAAUGCAGUAGGUUGAUUGUUCAACAAGAAGAAAGAAAUGCAGAACUUUUGCAGCAGGUCUUAGAGAAUGUUCAACCGCAAAAAACAAAACCAAAAAAUGGCGACUGGAUAAAAAUAAGAGACAAAAUAGUGAGAGGUUUGAAGAAAGCUCUGAAGAAAACCAAGGAAUUUUUUGAGAGAAAACUGGUACCGAGAAUUGAGCUGCCAGACAUCCCAAAGAUAAAGUUACCAAAAAUUCAUGAAAUCUCAAAGAUUAAGUUACCUGCAAUCGAAAUACCAUCGGUUCAUAUUCCAGAUAUUAAAAUUCCAGAUAUCAAUAUCAAAACACCUAAAAUCGAAAUUCCCAAAAUUCCACAGGUUAAGUUGCCAAAAGUUGAAAUACCACCAAUCACUUUACCAGCUAUUAAUAUCCAAGAAAUUAAUUUGAAAACACCUCAAAUUGAGAUUCCCAAAAUCACUAUUCCAGAAAUAACACUACCAAAAGUGGAAAUUCCUAAUAUUGAAAUACCAAAUAUUAGACUUCCUACUGUAGAUCUCUCAAAAUUUCGAAUACCUAAAAUAACAAUUCCAAAAAUUGAUUUUGGAAGUUUUCAAAUCCCUAAAUUCACAUUACCUAGUAUAAAAUUGCCAAAAAUAGCCUUUCCAAAAAUUGACCUCGGUAGAAUUUUUAGAGGGAAACGAUCGAUUACUGACUGCAAAGAAUGUGAACAAUUUAGAAAAGACAGUGAAGAAAACAUUGUGAGAAAAGUAUGUGGUGCUCAAUAUAUGAAAGAAACAGAAACAAGACAAUGGACGCUGGAUAAAUUGAGACAGCUGUAUUCUGGUCUAGAGAAGAAUUUCUUAUAUAAUGUCACUUACGAUGAACAUUCUUUGGAUUCCACCAAUUUGGCUGUGAAACUGAUCAGCAUUGAAUACAAGUUACCGAAUACAACAGAUAUCAACACCUACAACGCCACGGGUGAUGUGUUGUAUCUUAACAAUAUGCCACGGUCGGUUGAAAUUCUGGCAUCACAAUUGUACCAGGACUUUGUUAAUUAAAAAAGUGUUUAUAUA